UUUUAAUAGAAUAUCGAUCUUUUAAGAACGGAAAAAUAUUAUUUAUGGAUACUUAAACAAAUAUGAGUUUAUGCUUUCGGUCAGUUUACAUAUCUAGGGUCUAACCGUACCAUAUCUCAUUUUAAAGAAUUAGUCUAAAUUUUUAUAUAAAUCUGGAAAAAUCCAAAAAAUGUCUGAAACACUGAGCGCCUCUUUGAUGUUUUGUCAUGCGGUAUUUUGGAAAUCUACAUUUCGAAAUCUUUUUUUGUAAAUCUACAGAAAUGUUCUUGGAAAAAAUGCAUUAACUUGGUCGAUCGGUACGUAAAAAGAUCAUGUUGACAAAUUGAAUAGAUAUAAAAGAGAAACGAACACAAGACAAACCUAUAUAAAAGGGGAUGUCUAGUUGGACAGACAAAAUAUGUGAAAGAGAAACGAACACAUGUAUUCAGCAAGGUCAAAAUAUGUCGUCUCGAGUGGAACAAAAAUCAUUUAAAAACUAAAGAGGACAAAAUUUGACAGAUAACGUGGCGUUUCACAUGCACGACUAAUCAUUAGAAUCCUAAUGCACGUAUCAUCUCACCCACUAUAUAUUAUGCAUCUAAGUUGGCAUCUUAGAUUAAAAACAACUAAACCAACUCAUCUCUCUCAGACAUCUAUCUCCCUUUUCUCUCUCUGAUACAGAAAGAUGGAAAAAUCAUCAAUACAAUGCUUAUUAUUCAUACUUCUCACCAUCAUUUCAUGUUCGAAUGCACAAAGAGAAGUUGAGGAUGAAAGUGAAUUUAGCUACGAGGGGAAUCAAGAGAACGGGCCAGAGAAAUGGGGGAAACUGAAGCCGGAAUGGAAAAUGUGCGGAAAAGGAGAGAUGCAAUCUCCAAUUGAUCUUAUGAACAAAAGAGUUAAAAUUGUUUCCCAUCUUGGAAGACUAACUAGAGACUACAAACCUGCCAAUGCCACUCUCAGAAAUAGAGGCCAUGACAUGAUGGUGAGAUUUGAAGAAGGACCAGGUAGUAUUAAGAUCAAUAAUAUUGAAUAUCAACUCCAUCAGCUUCAUUGGCAUUCUCCCUCUGAGCAUACGAUCAAUGGGAGAAGAUUUGCUCUGGAACUGCAUAUGGUUCACGAAAGCAUAAACGGAAGCAUGGCUGUAGUCACAGUGCUUUACAAAAUCGGAAGGCCAGACUCUUUUCUCAGCUUGUUGGAAAAUAAAUUGUGUGCGAUUACCGACCACAAUGAGGCGGAGAUAAAUAUAGGAAUGAUUGAUCCAAAGGACAUCAAGUUUGGGAGCAGAAAAUAUUAUAGAUAUAUUGGAUCACUUACCAUUCCUCCUUGUACUCAAAAUGUUAUUUGGACCGUCAUAAAAAAGGUAAGGACUGUGUCCAGAAACCAAGUAAAACUACUGCGCGUGGCUGUUCAUGAUUAUUCGGAUACAAACGCCAGGCCGGUUCAACCUACAAAUAUGCGUACGGUCAAAUUAUACAGACCAAAAUCUUCCUGAAGCAGAUACAAAUAUAAAAUGUAUUUUUAUUAUUUUAUUAUACAAUAACCAGUGUAAUUUAUAAUAUUUGAAUAAUUGAGAUUUCUUAAUAUGUUACUAUGAAUUGACAAAAAUAAUAAUAAUAUGCUACCAUAAUUAAUUUAUAUU